CUAACUGCCUAAAACGAAACCGAAUGAGCUGACCAGAAGACCUUCGUGAAAGUUAAAAAAGUUUUUCAUUCAUUGUUAGGAAGACAACCAAUAUCCACUGUUAAAUGUUUUUGUAACCGGUCAACGUACAAUGGAAUUUUGGCUCUGGACACCCGGAUGCCAUAAUUUUUAACCAUUUACCCCACUACAAGAAAAACUGCCACGAUCGCACGUGACACAGAGAGCACCAAUCUGAGUAAGAUUUCAUGGAGUAAUUCAUUGAACUUGUAACCAUCGUAAGAGGGAAAGAUAAAAGAGAACCCAAUGAAUAGAUUAUGCAUACAGGCUCCCCGCAAUGCCUAAAUAAAAUAUUAUAUAGUGGAAAAACCCAUUAUAGUGGAAGAGGCAAAAGCGAAACCCAUUGAUUGAGGUGUAGGAGCAGCCUUGUUGUGAGCCUUUGUUGUGCGUUGAAAAAUCCAGCUUGUUCAAUGCCCCAUCUACAAGAGAAUGAGUUCCAUGUGGAUGUUGAAGACAUAGUAGAAAACCCUCUGCCUGGAUGUGCAGUGCCAGGCUCCUUUGCCUUCUCACACGAUGACACGCUUCUCUCUUAUCUCUACAGUCCGGAUGCCACGCUGCACCGAAAGCUCUACGUGAUCGAUGCAUCCACAGCCAAGCAGGAGCUGAUGGUGAGUCCCCCGGGAGGUGGUGUGGACGAAUCCAAUCUCUCCUCUGCCGAUAAGAUGAGAAGGGAGCGCCUGCGAGAGCGCGGAUUGGGCGUCACUCGCUAUGAUUGGGCAAACACUCAUCACCCACACCGUCUCAUGCUUCCUCUCCCUGCAGGGAUAUAUGUUCAAGAUCUUCCUGGUAUGGAGCUUCUCUUGAGAUUGGAGAGCAAACCAUCUUCUCCGCUUCUUGAUCCUCAAUUGUCACCUGAUGGAUGCAUGAUAGCCUAUGUACAAGAUGAUGAGAUCCAUGUUUUGUCUGUUACUGGUGGAGAGCCAAAGCAGAUAACUUUUGGAGCCCGAGGAACUGGGAAGACACAUGGCAUUGCUGAAUAUAUUGCUCAGGAAGAGAUGGAGAGGAGAAAUGGUUUCUGGUGGUCACCAGAUAGUAAAUAUAUUGCAUUUGCACAGGUUGAUGCUUCGGACAUACCUUUUUAUAGGAUCAUGCAUCAAGGUAAAGCAACUGUUGGGAGAGAAGCAGAGGAGGACCAUGCUUACCCCUUUGCUGGUCAUACAAAUGUGGAAGUGUGCCUUGGUGUUGUUCCAGCAACCGGCGGUGACAUUUCUUGGAUGGAUUUGUCAUGUGGAUUGAGUAAAGAUGAUGCGGAGGAAGAAUACUUAGCUAGGGUUGCAUGGAUGCAGGGUAAUGUACUGACUGCACAAGUUUUGAAUAGGGUACAUUCUAAGUUGAAGCUUCUAAAAUUUGAUUUAAAGACUGGAAUGCGGGAAACUCUUUUGAUAGAAGAAAAUGACAUCUGGGUGAAUUUGAAUGACUGUUUUACACCUUUGCAUAAGGGUGUGGAUCGUUUUGCAGGAGGCUUUCUUUGGGCUAGUGAGAGAACUGGAUUCAGGCAUUUGUAUGUUUAUGAUGGGAAAGGUUAUUGUUUAGGUGCCAUCACUGAGGGUGAGUGGAUGGUCGAACAGGUUGCUGGAGUAGAUGAGAUUAAUGGUGUUGUUUAUUUUACUGGGACACUAGAUAAUCCUCUAGAGACUCAUUUGUACAGUACAUUGCUCUUUCCUAAUUUUGACCACCCACUUCAAAAGCCAAAAAGGUUGACACAGGAGGAAGGGAGACAUUCAGUGGUCUUGGACCAUCAGAUGCAGAGAUUUGUAGACAUCCAUGAUUCUUUGAAAUCUCUACCAAGGGUCACACUGCGUUCCUUGCAAGAUGGUAAGUUGUUAAUACCCAUAUAUGAGCAACCAUCUCUGACACCUCGCAUUCAAAGAUUACUAACUUUAGCUCCAGAGAUAGUUCAGAUAUUGGCAAGUGAUGGUACUCCUUUAUAUGGAGCAAUAUACAGACCAUCUGUUGAACUGUUUGGACCUCCGCCUUAUAAGACGUUAGUUCAUGUGUAUGGUGGUCCACAUGUUCAGACUGUUUACAACUCAUGGGUGAACACUGUUGAUAUGAGAGCACAAUACCUAUGCAGCAAAGGCAUCAUGGUUUGGAGGCUUGACAAUAGAGGCAGUGCACGGCGUGGACUAAAGUUUGAAGGUGCACUGAAAUACAAUAUGGGACACAUUGAUGUUGAAGAUCAAGAAACAGGUGUGGAUUGGUUAAUUCAGCAAGGCUUUGCAAAAUCUGGUAGAAUAGGUCUUUUUGGCUGGAGUUAUGGGGGUUACAUGGCAGCUAUUACCUUGGCCCGCUGCCCUGAUAUGUUCCAGUGUGCUGUUGCUGGUGCACCUGUAACAGCAUGGGAUGGAUAUGACACUUUCUAUACAGAGAAAUACAUGGGCUUGCCAGCAAGUAACCCUGCAGGCUAUGAAUACAGUUCUGUGAUGCAUCAUGUAUCUAAAAUUAAAGGCAAGUUGCUUCUUGUUCACGGCAUGAUUGAUGAAAAUGUGCAUUUCAGACAUACAGCUAGGCUGGUGAAUGCCUUGAUAGCAUCAGGAAAGGAAUAUGAGCUAUUGAUUUUCCCAGAUGAGAGACACAUGCCACGACGUCUCAAGGACCGUAUUUAUAUGGAAGAACGAAUCUGCAACUUUAUUGACAAGAACUUAUAAGUGCUGAGUUGAAUCUUGAAAUAUCAAACAAUUUGAUGGCCAAUUUAAUAUUGAUAACAUCAUUUAUAUGCUUCCAAUAAAAAUAAUUGCAAAUGUGCAGUUUUCUCAUAUUUGUUCUAUGCCACUGAAGAUGAAACAGCUUGAAGGCAAGUUUCUUGGUUCUGGAGGACUUGAUUGACUGCUUCUUGAUAGGCUUUUACUUGUGAUUUGGUGUAUCUUGUUUGGAGCGAUUGGGUCAUUUUCAUGGGGCAGUUUCUGUGUGAAUUUUUUGCCUUAGAAAAAAAAAACAUAAGAAGCCUCUGUCAACAGCAGUUGAUCUUUGAAUUUCAUUCUUGAACUGGUUGGCAUUCCUCAUGAUUUGGUACAUCUACUGUAGCUUUUUACAACAAUAUCUUACUAGCUUUUAUGAGUACUUAGGUGUAUGCCCAGAUGCAAAGCAUGUUCUAGUGAGACUAUUGCUAGACUUUAGAUCCAGUCAAUGCCUUUGCAGUGAGUGUAAAAAAAAUCUUUUUAAUUGUAUAUUUAUGGUGAGAUUUUACUUAUUAUUUU